AUGGCCGACGCUCCCCCCGAGAAGAUCCAGGCGCUCGUUGCUGACGGCAAGGGCGGCGCCUCCGUCCAGACCGUUCCCCUUCCCAAGCUGAAGGAGGGCGAGAUUCUCGUCAAGGUCGACUACGUUGCUCUCAACCCGACCGACUGGAAGCACAUCGUCUACGCCUCGCCCGAGGGCGCCAUUUCCGGAUGCGACUUUGCUGGAACUGUUGUCGCUGCCUCGCCCUCGUCGCGCGACCACGUCAAGGUCGGCCAGCGUGUCGCCGGCGACGUCUACGGCGGCAAGUUCCCGGACAAGGGCUCGUUCGCCCAGUACCUCGUGACUGAGCCGUCGAUGUGCUGGCGUGUGCCCGAGAACGUCAAGUCGGACCAGGCCGCGUCCUACGGUGUGCCGCUCUUCACUGCGUUCCAGGCCCUGCAGCACAGCCAGAAGCAGCCCUGGCCUCCCGUGCGCCAGCACCCCGACACGCCCGAGUGGAUUGUGAUCUAUGGCGGCUCGUCGGGCGUUGGCAUGCAGGCCGUGCAGCUCGCCAAGGCUUUGGGCUACAAUGUUGCAGCGACUGCGUCGAAGCACAACUUCGACCUCGUCAAGAAGUACGGCGCCGAUGAGGUGUUCGACUACCAUGACGGCGACAAGGCGAUCGAGGGCAUCAAGAAGGUGACCGGCGGCGGCGUCACGCGCGCCAUGGACUGCAUCUCGCUCGCGGACACGGCCACCUUCACGGCCAAGUGCUUCAAGGAGCAGGGCGGCCAGGCCAACUUCCUCCUCGCCAUCCCGCAGGAGGUUCAGGCCAAGUUCCCCAACAUCAAGUUUGUCACCACCAUGCUCUACGGCGCGUACGGUAUCCCCUACUCCAUGGGCCCCCGUGAUGGAAAGCAGAUCCACGUCCCCGCCGACCCCGGACUUAGGAAGUGGUUCGAGGAGCUCCAGGCCAAGACCCCCGGAUACAUCGAGGAGGGCCUCUUCAAGCCCCCUCCCUUCAAGGUCCGCAAUGGCCUUGAGAACAUCAGCGCCGGCCUCAAGGAGAUGCAGGACGGAAAGGUCUCGGGCGAGAGGCUCGUGUACAAGAUCUAG